CGACUUUCCCCAUUCUUUACCCCCCUUCUCAAAUCCCCAAAUCCCAGCAAAACCCUAAAAAGGAAACACCCGAAGAUCCAAUUUUUUAUCGAUCGGGGUUUCCAAAUUCUCGUCAAAUUAGGGUUAAUUUGUUCUGGAAAUGAGGGAUGUUUUCGUGGCUGACAAGGAUAGCGUCGGCGUGCUGGGGCCCGGUCCGGAGGUACGCGCGUAUGAACAAGGAUGAAGAGGACGAGGACGAUGCCUUGCUUUGGUCACGUGAUUUGGGGAGGCACUCUGCCGGUGAGUUCUCGUUCGCCGUCGUUCAGGCGAAUGAGGGCCUUGAGGAUCAUAGCCAGGUCGAGACGGGGCCCGCGGCGACGUUCGUCGGGGUUUAUGAUGGGCACGGGGGGGCCGAUGCGUCGAAGUUUAUCCGGGAUCACCUCUUUGCUCACCUUAUCAGACUAGCUCGUGAAAGUGGAACAAUAUCUGAGGAUGUUGUUAGAAAUGCAUUUUCUGCAACUGAAGAUGGGUUUCUGACUCUCGUCCGGAGGUCACGGCAAAUUAAACCUUUAAUUGCUGCGAUGGGAUCUUGUUGUUUAGUGGGAGUAAUCUGGAGAGGGACAUUAUAUGUUGCUAACUUGGGUGAUUCGCGAGCUGUACUUGGUUGCUUAGGUAGGUCAAAUAACAUCAUUGCUGAGCAAUUGACAAGAGAUCAUAAUGCAAGCAUGGAAGAUGUGAGGCAAGAACUUAGGUCCCUUCAUCCUGAUGAUUCACAUAUUGUGGUUAUGAAGCAUGGAGUGUGGAGAAUCAAAGGAAUUAUCCAGGUUUCAAGGUCCAUCGGGGAUGCAUACUUAAAGAGACCGGAGUUUACUAUAGACCCAUCAGUCCCACGUUUUCGGCUUUCUGAACCUCUUCGUCGACCUGUUCUGUCAGCUGAACCGGCCAUAUACACUAGAGUUUUACGCCCACAAGACAAGUUCUUAAUAUUCGCAUCAGAUGGACUGUGGGAGCACCUGACAAAUCAAGAAGCUGCUGAGAUUGUGUUUAACUACCCAAGAGCUGGAAUAGCAAGGAGACUGGUCAGAGCAGCUUUACAUGAAGCAGCACGAAAGAGAGAAAUGAGGUAUGCAGACCUUAAGAAGGUUGACAAGGGAAUCCGCCGCUUCUUUCAUGAUGACAUUACAGUUGUGGUCGUCUUUAUAGACCACGAGAUGCUGCAAGGGCCGAAUUUAUCCGUACCUGAUUUAUCUGUGAGAGGGUUCGUUGAUGCCUCUGGCCCCUCAAACUUUUCUUCGUGGGAUGGGAUCAAUGCCAGUGCGAGCAGAAUCAUUUGAUGCUUAGGAGGAUCCUUUAUAGGUUUACCCAAGCGUACCAAUAGCCCUGACUCUCUGGAAUUUAC